GUGUUGAGUGAAAUCUCGCGAGAAGAGAGUAGCCAUGUUGUGAAGUGGUUGAACCAAAACAUGUCGUCUGUGUGCGAUCAAUGAAAUGUCUCUUCUCUCUUGUUUAUUUGUCUGCGAUGUUUCCUACUUCAGCCCAACUGCUCUUUAACGAAGCAGCUGAUAAUUAAAAAGUGCCAUGUCAAACAAUAUGCGGAAAUUUUGCAAGGCUGCACCUCAGAACAGCUCGGUUUCGAGCCGUAGUGACGGCGAUCUGAACAAAUGUCAUCCUCCAAGGACUUGUGCCACCACAAGUGGACAUCACAACAACAAUCGCCUCACCUGGACGGCCACGGCCAAUGCCUCUUCAUCAUCCACAUCACACUCAUCUUCCUCUGCUUCAUCGUCGACUCCGAAAAGACAGCAAACAGAGUCGCUUUUCUCACCUCUUCCAUAUUUAACUCACCGUUCCACCUAUGGCCACUCUUUGCAGAGAAAGUUCAUCAAAGAUCGCCUAUAUUUUGCUAAUAAUCUCUACCAUAAGGAUCUCAAGGCUCACUAUGGAUGUGUUAAUGCUAUCGAAUUCUCCAACAACGGCGGAGAGUGGAUUGUGUCCGGUGGCGACGAUCGGAGAGUUUUACUUUGGAAUACGGAGAAGGCAUUAUCCGAUAUUGGAGGUCCUCUUAGUAUGAAAGGAGAACAUAAUAGUAACAUAUUUUGUUUGGCAUUUGACAACGAAAAUAAAAGAAUCUUUUCUGGAGGUAACGAUGAAUUAGUUGAAGUCCAUGAUAUAGAGAGUGGUGCAAUGAUCGAUAUAUUCCCACAUGAAGAUGCUGUGUACGGCCUUACAGUUGAUCCAAAUAAUAAUAAUGUGUUUGCUAGCGCUUGUGAUGAUGGACGAAUUCUUAUUAUCGACAUCAGGGAACAACCUGUUCGAGAUGAGUUUUGUUUGGCUGAAUACACCUCCUCAAUGCAUGCUGUGAUGUACAAUCCUAUGGAACCACGGCUUCUAGCUACAGCUAAUGUCCGAGAAGGCCUUGGUCUCUGGGAUAUCCGUAAACCCCGCACCUCUGUGUUACGUUACGAAGGCACCGGUCACCAUGUACAGCAAAGUUGUAUGAGUGUCCGUAUUAAUUCUCUGGGAGAUAAGAUUAUUGCUCUCCGUCGUCGAUUACCACCGGUCCUUUAUAACUUCAAUAGUCCGACCCCUAUCUGUGAAUUUGACCAACCUGGCUACUAUAAUUCAUGUACAAUGAAAAGUUGCUGUUUUGCUGGGGACCAGGAUCAGUACAUUCUGUCUGGCUCUGAUGAUUUCAAUUUGUAUAUGUGGAAGAUUCCUGAAGACUUAUCGAAAAGGACCUAUGUAAACAGAGCUCACAUGGUCCUUAGGGAUCACCGAUCUAUUGUAAACCAAGUGCGAUUUAAUCCAUGCAACCAUCUGAUAGUAUCAUCUGGUGUGGAGAAAGUAGUCAAGAUAUGGAGCCCGUUUUUAAUUCCAAGUUCAAAUGGUAGUUUAAAAAAAACUUCGAAAAUUUCUCAGCCCGAGCGUCCUGUCUACACGCACGAGGAAUAUAUUAAUCUAGUCCUGCGCAGUGGUCAUGUUAUGUCACAUGACUAUACACACCAAUCAAUGGAAGAAGACCCUCGUAUGAUGGCUUUUUUUGACUCUUUGGUACAACGCGAAUUAGAAGGCUGGAGUUCCGAGGAUGACUAUUCCAAUUUUUCUACAAAUGACGAGGAUGAAUUUUACGAACGAAUGAUUCAGGCUCGUGCCGAGCUUGUUGAAAUGUCCCCUCAUCCCAGUUCGGAUGAAGAAGAAGGGGGUUACAGCCCUUUCACUAUUGCAUUUGCUAGUGUGAUGAGCACGAGAGAUGCUGACAACUCACAGCAUCGGAGCAGACCAUUGCGAUCAUCCCAGUCUCAGAACAACAACAAUAACAAUAACAACAACAACAGCAACAACAAUAACAAUAACAACAGCAGUAACAAAACUAACUGUAAUGAUGAUAAUAGUAGUAACAAGACUGCUAGUAGUAGUAGUAGUAGUAGUAGUAGCAACAGUACUACUACAACCAUAAAUACAAACACCACCAGUACAAACAACAACAAUACUAACACGAAUCUUUCCUCAACCAGUGUAAAUUCAUCAACAUUAUUAAAUGUGCCGUUAGAAAGUGAGACCAUUCCUCGAACUGUGGAUGUUGCAAAUGGCAGCACUUCGAUGCUGGAAGGCCAGCAGCCUAAUAACAACCGUAAAAGUAUUUCUCAGUUGAUUGCCCGAAAGAGAAAAGAAAAUGCCAACAUUAUGUUCAACAAAGCCAGGCAUAUCUCAGCUGUGAAAAAACGAGUCUGUCCUUGGAACCCUUCUAGUUCGGAAUCUGAUGAUGAUGGCAACUAUCUUGCGUCUGUUCAUGCCAAACUAAAGAAAAUGGUGCCACAGACGAGUGCACCUGCCACCACCACAACAGCAUCUUCUACAACUUCAGCAGUGGAUCUGUGGCCCUCCCGAAACGGUACCGACUCUCAGCAAAAGCAGAAGGCUUUGGCUGAUCUGAAAAAAUGGAAGGAACUACGCCAUCAAGUGAAUGCUUCUAGUUACGAAUUCACUGAGACUAAACUAAUUGCCCAGACUCCCGCUCUGUCCUCCUCCUCAUCCUCCUCAUCUUCCUCAUCUUCAUCAUCAUCAUCAUCAUCAUCCUCUUCAACAUCUACCACCUCCUCUUCAUCAUCUUCCUCGUCUUCUUCCUCUUCUUCUUCUUCUUCCUCUUCCUCCUCCCCGUGUCUGCAGGACCGGUCGAUGUCCACAUCGAAGUCGCUGGUGUCGGUCAGCAGCUCCGUGUCGUCCGCCGUAGCUUCGGCAGAGGGCAAGGGCCAUCGGGACGAGAUGGAGCUAGGGCCCUACUUGCACAAGGUGGACAGUCAGCCGUGUGCCGCGGGGGACAGUCUGCUGAACAACAAGAACAAGAGCAAGAGCAGCAGCAGCAGCAUCGGCAGUAGCAACAAGGUCGAUGGCAUUGCUAAGUCUAUGAGUAAAAUCACUGGGAGUAACAGUAGUCGGAUCCCUGUUGCUGGGGUGGCAAAAACACGGGUCACCAACAGCUCACACCCAUCAUCAUCACCAGCCAAUACUACUUCUUCUAAUUUGUUCUCUUCUGUUGAAAACAACAACAACAACAACAACAAUGUUAUCAUUGCUGCAAAUAACCAUGACAUAUCCAACACAACCACCGGCAGUGGUAGUGCUGUCAGUACUAGUAACAACAUUGCUAGUAGUAGCAGUAGUAGUGGUAGUAGUAGUAGUUCUAGGAACAGUCCCAGUUUUGAACCUGUGUGGACAGAAUUCAAGCGUUUCAAGCACAGAGUGGAGCGUGCUCGUCGUAACUAUCGGCAACAGAAUCAGUUAGAAGUGUCUAGUGAUGAUGAAGUAUGAAAUGAUAAUUGUUUCCAACUUUAGCUUUCUUCUUUACUUUUCUUCCUCCUUUCCUUCUUUCUUUCUUUUUUUAUUCCAUUUUCUUUCUUUUUUUAGUUGUCUGUCUCCUGUGGU